CCGGAAGUGCCUGUUCGCCCCGCCCUCUUGGUAGUAUGUAAGCUAAUGGUUGUUUGUUGUUGUACUUUUAUUUUUUCUUUAAAAACAUCGAACACCGACACAAAAUGGACUCAAAGGGACCCUCUCUUUAUGCACCGGCAGGCCCCUCAUUAGACAUGUCACGAAGCAUAGAGGAGGAGUCUUUGGUGGAUGGACCUCUGAUCUCUGCUGACGCCCUCCACUCUGCCAUCAGGAGGGAAUUUCAGACUAUACCAACACCCUGCCAUGCUGUCCUCCUGUCUCUACUGCAUGUUGUGUUCGUGGUGUUGUCAAUAUGUUUGGCGGUGCUGUGUGUGCUGGAAUUUGGCCAACAGGAGGUGUGUAUGAGCAUUUUGGGUAACGUGCGAGGCGACAGCAUCAUUGUGUUUGGGAAGGUGUGUUUGUGGGUGCUGGUGCUGUUCUUCACUGCGUGUGCACAGCACCACCACAGCCAGGCCAGGAGCAGAGGAUACCUGCGCUUCUACAGACAGAUGCAGGGACUGAAGCACCUGCCGCUCUCCGUGCACUCUACAGGGAAUGUUCUGUUGCUGGUUGUUCUGGCUGCACAUUUAUCAACAACUGUGCACACCUGCAUGCUGCUCAGCGUCCUGGGGAUUGAGCUCUUGGUGGCAUUGCCAUGCCUCAUCCACUACACAGUCCAGGUGAUGCGGUUCAACAGGGCGCGAGCUGCACCAGACGUGAGCCAAGAAGAGCAUUCACACACCUACAGUGUUACGAACCUGCCGACUGAGACUGGAUUCAGAGAGGGCUCCAGUCUGGAGGAGGUUGUGGAGAAGCAGGCCGACCUGAUCGAGUACCUGAAACAGCACAACACCUUGUUGAGCAAGAGGCUGCUCAACCUCUCCGCUCAGCACUGACCGCAGUCCAGCCUCCUCCUCCUCCUCCUGCCUGUAAACCAGAGCCUGAUCAUCUGAACACUCCACUCUCUCAACACGAAGGAGAGGGGGAUCCGUGGGUUUGAAAGAGGAUGAGAAGCUAAAAAAAACAGUGGAUAAAAGACUAAAAGUAAGGAAAUCCCUGUGCACACAAGCACCUGUGACUUAAGACAGGCGGGCCUCUGCACGAGGCACCUGAGAUGGAAAGAUAACGCGGGAGGAGGUGAGCUGUAAGUGGAGGAAAGUUAAAGAGGGGUGGAGGAGGAGGAGAGGAGUCAUGGGUCACAGAUCAGAGGUGAGGGGUUUUUAUCACUGUGUUACGACCCCCGGUGACCCACGUCCGCUGCCGCUUGUGUUACUGUGAGAGAAUCAGAAGUGGUGAAAUUGUUUUAGAAAUCAUCUGCACUAAAGAGGAACUGACAGACAAGGGGAUACAGGGGGGAGAGGUUAUUACGUAUCAGGGUCAAACAAGAGAAAGAGAUGGUGUAACUCUGUAAAUUGUCCGCAAGUGCUUUUUUUUUAUCUGUCUGAAUGUGUAAAUGCUUUGUUUGGUAGCAGUUUUCUUUCUAUCUGUUCAAUCACUGAGUUUGUGUGUUUGUGGUCACAUUCCAAUAAAUAUGUAAUAUACA